AUGUACCAGAAAGAUUCAAAAUUCAUGCCGAAAAUUGUGGAAUUUGUGGUAUUGAAAGUAACAGGAAAAAAGCCUUCAAAAAUUGGAAAAGGAGAAUUAGAAUUUUCUAAAGUUGCUCAAAAUGGAGAAGCCAUGGUUAAUCAGGUAGUUCAAAUAAAAGGGUCUGAGGAUAAACAAGCAUCUCUGCUUGUCAGUAUAGACUUGACACUUGUGAGAAAACAGACAGCUCAGAGUUUUUCUGUAGGAGAUAUGAAGUUGAAUGAUCUUGAUAGUGACUUUUUAGUUUAUGGAUCUCCUAAAGCUCAAAAGAGAAAAUUAAUUAGGUCUACGAUUUCAGGUGGGCAAAAAGAUGACGAUUAUAAUAGAAGAGAAGCAAUAUAUAGCGCUCCUCUCAGUUUGAGUCAAAUAAUUACUGAAAUUAAAGAGGAGAAUGAAGAGGCUGAAGAAAAAACUGAACCGAUUCAGGGAAAAAAAGGAAAAAGCGAAGAAAUUCAAGAAAUACGAAAACAAGAGAAAAAUGAAGAGAAAAUAGAAGAGAAAAAAGCAGAGAAAAAAGAAGAGAGAAAGGUAGAGGAAAAAGAACAAAUAAAAGAGGAGAUAAAAGAGGAGACAAAAGAAGAAAAUAAAGAAGUGAAAAGUGAAGAGAAAAGAGAGGAGAAAAAAGAAGAGAAAAAAGAAGAAAUCACAGAAGAGAAAAAAGACCAGAAACUCAAAGAGAAAAAUGAAGAAAAAUAUAAAGAAAAAAGUGAAGAAAAAUAUAAAGAAAAAAGUGAAGAGAAAAAAGAAGAUAAAAUAGAAGAAUUAAUAAAGGAAGAAAAAGCACCCAAAAGCAAUAAAAGAAAGGAAGCAAGAAAAGAAGACAGGGAAAUGGACGAGAGAAAUGAAAAUAAAAUAGAAGAGAAAAAAGUAGAGAGAAAAAAUAAGGAAAAGAAAGCGAAAGAAGAAGAGAAGAAAAAUAUGGAAAUGCAAGAGAAAAAAGAAGCGAUAAAUGGCGAGAGAAAAGGAGCAAAAAAUGAAGAGAAAAAAGAGGUAAAUAAUGAAAAUUUCCCCAUUGAAGUCAAAGAAGCCGAAAAAAAAGACAUAAGAAAUGCUAAUCAAGAAAUUCCUCAAGAAAUAGAAGGCACUAUUAGCAAUCAAAACGAUAAGAUUGAUUUAUUCGUUUCCGAAGACGCAAAAUUUAACGAAAAUGAAACUUUUGAGGAGAAUGAAGAAUUAAACUACUCGAUAGACGACAUUAUGAAUGAAGUUGAUGAGGAUUAUGACUAUAGGAAAAUCGACAUUUCUUCAUUCAGCAAUAGCCCAUUUAAAGAAAUCUUGCUUGGCCCAAUGGACUAUAAGCACGAUCCUAAAUUUGAAUUAAUUGAGUCAGCCGAUAAGGAAAAUAAGCAUUCUCCAGCACUAAAAGGUAAUGCUAAAGACAUGGAACUAAAACCCCAGAAAGGAAAAUUAAGAGGAUUCUCUGAUGACUAUUGUGAUAAAGAUAGUGAAUCAGAGAGUUCAAGCUCAGAGGAGGAACCAGUCUUUGUUAAUAAUGAAAUUAUAGCUCAAAUUCCUAGCAAAACAAUGAAUGAAGUUCCCCCAAAUCAACAAUCAAAGAAAGAGCUGAUAAAAGCAAAAGAAUCAGAAUCCAUGGUUAAUGGGAGAAGAGGAUAUUGUGUAAAGUGUAUAGUAUUUUAA